AUGUCAUACAGCUACCGAGAGCGUGAUCGCUACGAAGAGGACCGACCGGUCACUAUCAAGCGUUACGUCAUUGGUGCCGACGAACGAGAAGAACGACGAGACUUCAUGAUGGGUCGCGACGAUUCCUUUGGAGACCGCGAGCUGGUCAUCCGGCGAAAGACCGACCGAGAAGAGCCCCUGUCUAUCUCAAGGUUCGAGCGCGACGUGGAGUACGACCCUCCCGUCCGCCGCUUUGAGCGUGAGUAUGAGCGAGAUUAUUAUGAACGUGAGUGCCCAGAAAACCCCCCCCCCCCACCAUCACCCCAGGGACAGGUGCAUCCGGCACCCCAGUCAGAAACCCUCGUCAUUCGCAAACAGUCAGUAAUAAUUACAAAAACAGCCCGAAACUCCCACACCAGUCCUCGUGAGUCCGAGUAUGACGUUGUGCGUCGCUCGGAUGCUGAGGAGGACCCGUACUACUAUCACCACCACCGCCGAGUUCGCGAGUACGACGACCGCCGCUCGCGCCGUGAAUUGAGUCCAGGUGAUUCCAUCUCCCAGACUAGCCGCCGUCAUCAUCGCGAUCGCGACCGUGACGACUACAGCAGCGAUGAUAGCAUGGUCUAUAUCCGCAAAGAGACUCGCGACUACGACGGUGACCACCAUCACCACCACAAGCGCCAUCUUGCCGAGGGUGCGCUAGUCGGCGUUGGCGCUGCCGAGUUGAUUCGCAGUCAUAGCAAGCGCGAGGGUAAGGAGGUCAGCCAUGGAAUGAGCCACGCUGUGAAGACGGCUGGCGCUGGCGCCCUCGGUGCCGUUGCUGUCAACGCAGCGGGUCAUGUUCGCGAUUACUACCGCAGCCGCAGCCGCCAUCGUUCUCACUCCUUCGAUGAUCACCGAUCCCGCCAUAGCCGUCGCAGUCGCAGUCGCUCUCAUUCCCACUCUCGUGCCAAGACGCUCUUGGAGCUUGGCAUAGGUGCCGCCGCUUUGGCUGCUGGUGCGGCUGCGCUGCAAAGCAAGUCCAAGAAUGACCGUCGCAGCCGAUCUCGCACUCGUUCUCGCUCCCGUGCUCGUGCAGGGAGCAGUACUCGCUCGGAGAAGGACGCCACCAGUGAUGAGACCAAGCGCCGACAGCACAUGGCCGGCGCAGGUCUAGCUGGUGCCGCGGUUGCUGGUUUGGUUGAACAUGCUCGUAGCCGUUCGCGUUCUCGCAAGGGCGAGCGCUCGCACAGUCGCUUGCGAAAGGCCCUUCCCAUCGUAGGUGCUGGCUUGGCCAGUGCUGCUGCUGCUGGAUUCUAUGAGAAGAAGAAGGCCGAGAAAGGACAAAAAGAGCAAAAGAACCCCGUUACAGGAAGCAUCCCGGCAGAGCACUAUUACGGUCAGCCAGCGGGCCAUGAUGCCUACUACUCCGACGGUGCUCGUCGACACAGCCGGUCCCGCAGUCGCGGUGGUCGAUACAGCGGCAGCUCCGAUUCGGACCGCGAUAGCCGACGCAAGAGUAAGAAGCACCGCAGCCGUUCUCGUGAUCUAGCCUCGGCAGCUCUCGGCGCUACCGGCCUAAGCUAUGCAGCACACAAGUACUCGCAGCACCGGGAUCGUAAGAAGGCCGAGCGUUCGCGCUCGCGUUCGAGGACUCGAUAUGAGGACGACGCACACCGUGAUCCCUAUGAGGAGUCCUACGAUCCAGAGCCCUACCCGAUCUCCCCACAGGCUGCCCACCAGCAGCCCGCAGGGAACUACUACCCCAACAGCAACUCCUUCCCCCCACCCCCAGGCUCAACCACGAACCUAAAUGCCACCCCUCAGCCCUACAACCCCGCUGACUACCCACCUCCCCCUGGCGCCGCACCGCCUCCGCAGCCUUACAACUACGGAGCCGCCAACACUGGACCAGAGACCUAUGCCCCGCGGCCGCGUAGGGCCGAUGAGAAUGUGAGUGCUCCGUCGAGACCCACUGAGCAAACCCACGCCCACGAUGGUGCGUUCACUGCAACGCCGUCCGGUGCCAUUCCAAAGGAUCCGCGGCUAACAGCUCCCACCCCAGGUCUAAACACAACCCCGCCUUCACAAUCUUCAAAGUCCAUAUUCCCCAAUGACAACCCAUCACCAUCGCCGGCUAAAUCCGUCGCCUUUGGCUUGAAGACGCAUUUAAAGCGGCCCCCAGAGCCGGGGUAUGAGACCGACGACAGCGAUUCAACCAUCGACGAGUACACUCAACGCAGCCGCUCCAAAUCCCACACCCAAUCCCGGGAACGCUCGUCGUCUGCACCUUCUCGCCAUCACCGUCCUCAUGCUGGUUCAGAUUCUCCUUCUAGUUCUUCCACGUCCCGCCACCAGCAUCCAUCACAUCGCCAUUCCCGCCAUUCUCAUUCCCAGAGGACUUCCCCAGCCGACUCCCCCCAAUAG